AUGGCCGACUCAAAAGAAGUCAUGGGCGGCGCAACCAACCAAGCUCUAAACACCACCAUCGACAUCGAAAAGAAAACAGAAUACCUACACUCAGAACACUCCUACCCCGGCGUCGAAUCCGCCGAAAAACUCCCCGUCUCCGUCGAUCUCACACCACGAGAGCAAUACCGCCAACUCUUCGCCGCCAUCAAGAAAGACAAGCGCUUCGUGCUAUGGGCUUUCUACGUGAUGUCCCUCGUCUUCGGAUGGGGUUACGAUGCCGGACUAUCUGGCGUUGCAAUCGCAUUCCCGGAAUUCAGAAAGGAUUAUGGGAAUCUUUAUAUUGAGGAUGGGAAGUCUCAAUAUGUUAUCCCAGCACUUUGGCAGUCUCUUUGGAACGCGGCUUCGACUAUUGGGCAGGUGUUUGGCGCUUUCUUGGUUGGUCAGUUUGCGGAUGUGUUUGGUCGACGACCUAUCCUCUUCUUGGCUGUUGCACUGUCGAUUGCUUCGUCUUUCGCGUUGGUCUUUGCGCCAAAUCUACCUGUGCUCUUCGUCUCUAAGCUGCUUCUUGGAUUUUCAGUCGGUUUCAGUACCGCAACUCCACCUCUCUAUGUCACGGAGAACUCGCCAGCAAAGCUUCGAAGUACCAUGUCCUCUCUCACUAACGUAAUCAUCGUCCUCGGUUUCUUCCUCUCAUCGCUUACCGGAUUCGGCGCUUCCCACAUCAACGGUCAAUGGUCCUACAGACUUGCAUUCGUCAUGACCUUUCUCGUCCCCGGCCUCUUCUUAUUUGGAAUCCCGUUCCUACCAGAAUCCCCAGUCUGGUACAUGAAAAAAGGCCGCGAAGAAGACGCACGCAAAGCCAUCAUCCGACUCUUCGGCAAAGACACCGACGUCGACGAGCGAAUCUCAAUCAUCAAAGCCGAACUCCACGCCGAAACUGCAGAAGCCAACUCCGUCAGCCAAACCUCCUGGAAAGCAAUCUUCAGCAAAUCCCACCGCCGCCGCACAAUCGUCGCUGUCCUAGGUCUCCAAUCCCAGAACUUCUCCGGCGGAUACUUCGCAAACACAUACCAAACAUACUACUUCGAACUCAUCGGCCAAACCAACUCCUUCGGCCUGACCGCCAUCUCCUCAACCCUCCAAUUCCUCGCCAACUGCUUCGCAGUCGCCAUCUCCGACGUGCUUCCCCGCCGCAAAGCCCUCAUCGGCGGCGGCACCAUCCUAUGCGUCUGGUCGCUCAUCAUCGCCGGGACGUCCAUGGCGCCUACCACCAAUGCAGCAGCUAAUACCGCGCUCCUCGCUUUCAUGAUCACCUGGUCCAUGCUGUAUACCGGCACGGUGGGCUGUUACGGAUGGGCCGUCGCGCAGGAAACCGCAUCCCAAUCCACGAGACCAAAAACCAUCUCCUUCACGGUUGUCUGUCAACAACUCACUGCACUUUUGUUGUCUUCGGUAUUCCCAUUCUUCAUUAACCCCGACCAACUGAAUUUCGGCGGGAAAGUCAUGUUUCUGUUCGUCGGUGCGGAGUUCUUUAUUCUGCUCGGUCUGUGGUUCUGUCAGCCCGAGACGAAGAAUAGGACGUAUCAGGAUAUCGAUGCGAUGUAUGCUGCGGGCAUUCCGGCGAGGAAGUUUAGCGAGUAUGUUGUUGAUGAUGGGGUGGUGAUGAAAAAGGAGAAUCGAACCGGGUUGGGCGGUUGA